AUGGCAGAUCAACCAUUAGAUAUCGACCAGGAUCUAGCAAAACGGCUGUUAGUGGAAGGAGCAAUUAUUAUAAUUCGUGAUCUUCCUCCAGGGACCGAAUUCGGUAUCGAUUUAAAAUCAUGGAAUACUGGAAAUAAAUUUUUGGGUGUGAAGAUGAUUCCUCCUGGAGUACAUUACGUUCAUUACAGUGCAACUGACCAGCUGGGUGAUACGGCACCACGGUCUGGCUUUAUGUACGACUUCAAGGCGUCUGAAGUUGUUGUCAGGAGGUGGGACAAGGAUGCAGAGGACCUGGACAUUAAAGAUGUCGGAGAUGAAGAAAAAGCAAGAGUGAGAUCAAAUCUGUUGAACCUGGACAGGUUUCUGGGGCCGUACCCUUUUGAUAUAUGGAAGAAGUGGCAGUCAAUGACGAAUAAAAUAUCUGCACGGCUGGCAGAGAGGCUGAUGCCCGAGUGCGGGCAAGUGCGGUCCGCCCUGGAGAUGGCACCCACGCCGUCCGACGGAGAUGGAGCAGAGGAGGGUCGGCGGGGAAGGCGGAGCGGCGCGACAGCAGAGGAGCGGGAGGAGCGGCUGCUGCCCGCGCUGCGGCCGUUGCCCGGCACCGCACCGCGCCUCACUCCACUCCCGCUGCAGGGCUGGCCGCGGGGUGCGACGCCUGCCGAGGUGACGAGACACUCUCUAGACUCGAGCUUCAAAUUGGAUACAUUACUACAGCAGAUGGACAGCCCGGACGAGCUGCUGGGCGAGCUACAAUUCUGCUUCGUGCUCUUCCUCGUCGGGCACUCACUGGACGCCUUCGAGCACUGGAAGCGGCUGGUUCGGCUGCUGUGCAGCUGUGUGGACGCGCUCGGCUCGAAGCCGCAGUUCUUCGUCGAUUUCAUAUCUGUCCUGGAAACGCAGGUGACGGAGAUCCCCGAGGAGUUCCUGGCAGACAUCGUAGCCAACAAGAACUUCGUGUACGUGUCACUACGAGAGCUCUUCCGCAACCUGCAGGACACCUGCUGUGAGGCGGACUCGCGGCUCAAGGUGCGCGGCGAGCGCUUGGCGCGCACUCUCACCGGCCGCCUCGGCUGGGACUUCUCGGAGCUCGAGUUGGAGGAGGAUGACGAGGCACCGGUGGUGGUGGAGCUGUGAGCAGCGAACUGCGACAGAUGCUCCGGUGGCGAGAGCCCUCUGAUAGCUCGGGAGUGGCAACCGACUUUUCCAAUUCUACAUUAGCUGUCACCAUUGAAUCACUUCAUUUCUCAUGUGUAAGAUAAGUAUCACUUGUAAAAAAAAAAAAAAAAAAAAAAAAAAAAAAAUCUUUGUAUAAACCUUUCUCUAAUCAAAUAAGCAGUUUCUCUUUUAUUCGCAAGCAUCUGCACGCUUAGUUACAGAGGUUCUUCCGAAAGUAACAUCUGUGUUUUCAUCUACUUGUGCACUCUGUAAAACACUGUGAAGUGCAUGGCAGAGGGUACAUCCCACAGUUCCAAUUAUCAAGGCAUCUUCUCAUCCUCUAACACGCUAAGUGCAGUUAAAAUGUCAUUGUCAGCUGCACGGUGUCCCAAAAGGUGCUAUACUUUGCUCUCGGCCACUGUUUGGCGGUGGCCGUUCGCCCUGGUGGACAGCUAGUUGGUAGUUGUACCACUAUAAAAGAUUGUGCAGUGGUUGCAGCAGAGCUGGUUAAUGACAUGCCAGCUUUCACAGGUGCUCAGCCCCUGAUGGGAGCAGGAUAGUCCUGCAAUAGGACUGGAAUAGGUAGUGCUGGGUGUGUGGGUUGGAGAGAUCCUCCACCUGGGUCUUCCACUGGGACAUGAUCCUUGUAGUAUGGGGUUGGGAUUUGGAGAGCCAUAGGGAUGGACUAGGAUGUUGUGAAGGUUACGUGGGCAAAGGAACACCACUGUAGGAGGGUGGGAAGGAUCUGGGAUAGGAUGACCUUCACGUCAGGGCAUGAUGGUAGGUAAUUGAAGUCCUGACAAAAGACUUGGUUCAGUUGUUCCAUUCUAGGGUGGUACUGGGUGAUGAAAGGAGCACUCCUUUGUGGCUGGUUCUUGGGAAUGGGGGUUAAUGCCUGCAAAUAAACUGUCCCCAGGUGGCCAGGCUAUACGAAAUGGACUUUUUGGUGUAAAAGGGAUACAGCUGUUGAAAUCAAUGUGGAUAGAGGUGCGAAUGGAGCCAUCAUAGAGAUGGUCAAUGUUUAGAAGGGUAGCAUGCUGGGUUGAGGAGGAACAGGUUAAAUGGAUGGGAAGGAAAGUGUUGAAGUUCUGAAGGAAUGAAGGUAGGGUGAC